AUGCCGCCUCACCUGAGGCAGCUCCAGCCCCACCCCAACUGCCAUCAACAGCCCUCAGCCGCCAGGGACAUGGCGCCUGGGACAUGGCAGGCACUCGUGGCCAAGCUCUGGCUCUGCUUAUGGGUCUGCGGAGGUGGCUCAGGUUGCAGCCAUGCAUGGCUGGCACACUCAAUACAUUUCAGCCACGACGCAAAGCCAGCAAGAGGCAUCCAUGUGAGCUACUGUGGCAGCAGUCCCCUGGUUCUGCAGCACUCCUGUGAGGGGCACGGCCUUGGCAGGGUGGAGCCAAAGGUGGCCGUAUAUCCAGGGAAGGAGGUUUUCAUCAGCCUGGAUGCUUCUGAGAGCAGCCUAUCCCUGCUCCCCAUCCUCAAAGAGCGUGAGGCUGAGGAAGCCACUGUCAGUGCCAUUGCCUUCUUGCACAAGGACGGGGUCUCGAUGGUGGUCAACAGCCAGGUGCUUUGUCAGCCACGUCUUCCUUUCACAGAACGGAGUUACACUUUUACACGCAUUGAGACCAGUACAAGAGAGCAAGGAGUGCUGCUCAGCAUCUACAAUUUCACCUCCUUUGCCGUGACCGGCCUGCUGACUGACAGAAGUGGAGAGGAUGAGGCAGGGAAAGCAGCAGGGGCCUAUGCCAGGCACAAUGGUGCCAAAAACAGCCAUAUGUCCAACCACAGCUCUACCACCUUCCACCUGCUGCCGAAAGGCCCUGCUAAGCUUUACAGUAUCCAGAAUCUUGCCUUGAGAGGUUUCAUCAUCCUCUGGACAACAGAUCAUUUGCUUCUAUCUGCCAACAAUUGUUUGAUCAUGGAAAAAGUGACUGUUGUGCACUUGGUGACCUUUCAAAGCACUACCUUCCCCAACAACAUUUUCUUACUUGUGACUGUUAGCAGCUCCCAGAUUGCAGUCUUGACCCAGGACAGACACCUCUUCUACAGUAGCAUCAGCCAGGUCACUAGCGUGGUGUACAUUGCCAAGGACGAGUGCAUAAAUUUGAAAAACUCAGGGAUACCAUUUGAAGAAAGAAGGGCCAUGUUUGUGCCCAAGCCAGGUAAAAGGUCCACUCCCUUGGUGACAGUGAGCAGUGCCCAUGAGCUGGCUUUCAGUGCAGAUGUAAUAGAAGUGGAAUUGACAUAUGGUGGAAACACUGAAUACCUCUUGCAUUUUGUUCCAGUUUCUGAAUUUGAGGUCACUGACUUCUACAACAGCGUAGUGUCCUGCCCACCUGCAAAGCACAUCAGAAUUGUAAAAAAUGUGACACCAUGUGAUGAAGGCCUCAUUCGGGAGGCAGCACUGAGAAAUAAUUCCAGUUGUACAAUCAGCCAUAACCUAUACCACUCGUACUUUCUUGCUAGAGAAGAUAUGCAGCAGGACAAUCUACAGACCAAAUAUAACUUUACAAAUCUGCGAUGUUGUCUUCUGGAAUAUUAUAAAAAUUCUUGGGUGCCAGUUUUUGAGUUACGGGAAAGCAAUAGAUUUCAGAAGCAUGUCCCUGCUGAAUUUGUACUGUUUGAAAUAAAUGGAAUGCAUAACUCUGACUAUCUUUUGACUGCAUGUGGUGCCAACUGCAUCUCUCAACCUCAAAAUUGGACGACUUUGCUAGAGGAACAGAAGUCUCCAGAUCCACAGAGUGCACGGACCAGAAGCAACUACGUGAGCUGUAAGAAUCGGAAUGGACCUGAAUUAAAGCGGCCCUCAGGCAGUAUCUUGUUCUUGAUGGCAAUAAAAAUAAUAUCAUCUUCCCUCCAUAUAAUGGUCCAUCUAUCUUCAAAGCCAUUGUAG